GGAAGUAGAGCCGUAGAGGAACAAGAAAUGGCAGUUUAUAGCAGUAAGAGUAAAUUAGUCAAAGCCUUGUUGGAUAAAGCAAAAAAUUUAGUAAGGAAAUCAUAUUCAGAAAAUUGGAAUAAAAGGUUGGAUAAAGCAUGGAAAACUUAUUUAGAAUAUUGUGGAGUUACAGGUCAAUGUGCUAUUUCGUUGUCAGAGGAUUCCCUCUUGCCAUAUUUGAUUUGGUUAGAUUUAAUGGAUGCUGUAUCAGUUUGUUCAGAUAUACUUGCAGCUGUAUCAAGAGAACAUCUAGAAAGAUCAUUACCCGACCCAUCAAAGUUAUAUAAU